GUAAAGGGUAGUGCUGGUUUGAAAUGAAUGUAAUAUUUUCAUUUGGAUAAUCCUGAAUAAUAUGUACUUAAUCAUAUGGGACAGGUUUGUUGUCUGUAGGUUGAAUUAAUGGACUUUUAUUUCUACACUCUUUACUGGGAGCUCCAGCCAAUAAGAGCUCUUGGAAAAAAAAGGGAUGGCUGGCGUGCAGAUCAGAGCUACCAGGGGAUUAGAACAGACACGGUUAAUUAAAGUGGUUCGCUGAUGCAGAUUUGUAUAUGUGCAUUUUAUUUUUUUCUUCUCCGUAUUAAGAGAAAUGCUAUUGUGUUAAGCGUGGUUUAUGCGGCACGAACCGAAAGACUGGGAGAUCACAGGGAUCGGCUAGACUCGAAUGACAGAAUGCAAGUACUGGCUGGCGAGCUAACGCGUAAGCUAGCUAGCAGAGAUCAGCCAAGCUGGCUAGCAGGAGAUGUGCUACGCCGGCUAUUGCUGGAAACAGCUUUGUUCGGGAGAAGAGGACAAACUCGUCUGAUUCAGCAGAACUGUACCUGAGUGGACCUGCAACCUGCGUCAUCGUUGGAAACUUUGGCAUUCAUCGUGAACACCGACGGUGCUGUUUAUGAGUCUUCGUGAGUAGCCUACCAUUGCAUCUCACCCGGUUACUGUGGUUUUUUUUGAGCGCCAACUAAGCGUGCCAACGUUUUUCCUCCCUCGAACUGUGACUGGUCAAACCCCGGCCGGGAUGAAAGGUGAUACCCCUGUGAACAGCACCAUGAGUGUGGGCCAGGCCAGGAAGCUAGUGGAGCAGCUGAAGAUUGAAGCCAGCAUGUGCAGGAUCAAGGUGUCAAAGGCAGCAGCAGACUUGAUGGCAUAUUGCGAUGCCCAUGCCUGUGAAGACCCGCUCAUCACGCCAGUUCCCACGUCCGAAAACCCCUUCCGAGAGAAGAAAUUUUUCUGCACUCUGCUUUGAGCGAUGGGCACUUCAACGUGCACAUCUACAGACACAUCAAAACACUGACGGAUAGACAGACGAAUGGACAGCAGACAUGCACACCGGGUGGGGGGUUGGGGCAGUUUGGCCAUUCAAGCACAGAAAAAUAAAAAUAAA